ACAUUGCGGCUACCUGCACAACGCAAGAUUACAACCUGUAAACGCUGAUGAUGGCUGAUGGCUCAUGGCAUUCAGCCAUUGGCACUAUAUUCGCUGUGAGCACAUACCGUGGCGCCCUCAUUUCGGGAGUACAUCCCAUGUUAAAUCUUAUGGGCGAAAAAUAGUUCGAGCGGCCGCUAUUAGCAAUUUCGAGAGUACAUCCCAUAAGAUUACGUGUGAAAAGUGACAUCAGCGCCAGCCCUCCCCUCCAACGACGCGCUCACAGCGAAUAUAGAUAUGUAUUUGGCAGUGGCAUCACUGGCAUCGCAGAUUCGCAGCGCACACGCCACAGCGGCCACACAGUAGUUUGUGUCGCUCUACAGGCCACUCGCUCAUGAUUACGAUUCGGCGACUUUUAGGUUAAGUUUGUCGAUAUGGUAAUAAUCAGGCCUGCUCUUCCGCAUAAAAUGCAGUCCAAGACGAAGAACGCCAAGAUGUCGGUGAAAAAGGGGAAAAAACACACACGUGCGUCGCCCAAGCAAAAGCCAUCGCCGAAGAAGAAAAUCGAGAAGAAAACCGAGAGCGAUACCAAGCUCAAGGGCAGCAAGACACUGCUCAUCGCCCAGGAGGUCAAGUUCGCCAGAUUACUUGCAAACAACGACAAGAGAGUCAGGGACAAAGUUCUGAAGAAUCUGCAGAAAUGGUUGAAGAUGCGCUCUCAGAGCUCGUUCGCUUUCACAGAGGCAGACUUCUUGAGAUUAUGGAAAGGCUUGUUUUAUUGCAUGUGGAUGUCCGACAAGCCAUUGGUGCAAGAGGAACUCGCAGAGUCCCUUAGCAAAAUUCUACAUUGUUUUAAUUCUAUGGAUACUGCGCUACUUUAUACAAAAUGUACCUUAAAAAGCCUUGCCGCUGAGUGGUUUGGCAUUGAUCGAUACAGGGUGGAUAAAUUUGAGAUGCUUGUCAGAAAGAUUAUCAGGCAAACAUUUGAAAUGUGCAAGAAAGCAUCUUGGAAUAAGCAAUGGGUAGUUGGUGUGGGUAAAGUUUUCGAAGAGAUUUUGUUGGAUCCAAAAACUUGUUUGGGACUUAAUUUACAUAUAACAGAUGUCUAUAUGGAAGAAUUAGCUAAAAUAAGUGAAGGACAGAUACCUACAAGUAUUGUUACAGAAUUUGUCAGGCCUUUUGUCAUUCAUUUAGCAAGCAUGAGUGACCAAAGACAAAUCAAGCAUGUUGUUAAGAAUAUUUUUAGGUAUUUAAUUUUCCAAUCUGAUGUUGGAAUGGACUAUGUAGAGAAGUUUGAAGCCUGGAGACAAGCUGGCUUUCCUUGUCAAAACAUUGAUGAGAUGCAAAAGGUCGAAGUUUCGGACGAAGAAAUUGAGAACGAGGAAGAAGAAGAGGGAGACGAUGAAAAUGAUGUGGAAGAAACAGUUACUAACGCUGGAGAUAAACCGUUAGAUCCAAGAGCUGGUAGGGUAGAUGUGGAAAUACCGCAAAUACCUUUUGAUCCCAUUGAAAUAGCUAGCAUAUUAAAAGAAAAUAAAUUCCACAAAUCAUCAACGACGCUGACGCGUAAGCACAUUACGCGGCUAAUAAACGAUUUUACUAAGUUAACCCAAGGUGAUAUGCCAUUUGGAAUCAAAGAAAUUCCAGUACCGGAAACUACUAGAAUCAACCCGUAUGAAGCUGCUGAAGAAUUACUGAAUCUCAACCAAGAGCUUUAUUCAGAUUCGAGCAAAAAUACGCGCAAAAGAAAAAAGAAUGGUAAUAUAACGGAAUUCGAUGAAGAAAAUAUAGAAGAGUUAGUUCCACCUCAAGACCAGAACAGCUCUACAAUUCUUAGUUCUAGUAAUAAGAAACAAAAAUUAGAUGACAGUGAUGAUGGCGAGGAACUGACUGAUAAACUUCCUAAUGCAACAGCAAUCAAACAAAAAACUAAAAAUAAGCUUAAAAAGAAAUUAGACAAAUUGAAUUUAUCAGAACCUCUUCCAAGUAAAAAAUUAAAGAAGUCUUCCAAAAAGUUAAACAAUACAUUUUCAGAAUGUACAGAGAAGUCCACAGUGAGUGCUGAUCUAGGUACUAGUAAGGGUGGUACUAGUUGUAAUUGGGAUGUAGAUGUCGCUGAGUCGUCAACCUCGCUGACAACUACUCCUGUAAUAGUGAGUGAAAAAAGCAAGUCUCCUAAGAAGAGCAAAGCAAAGGCAGAAAAAGAAGGUGAAACAAACUUGCUAAAAACAAAUAUACCCUGGUUAACUCCAGUACUGACCAGGCUAGAAGAACAAAGUAGUACACCAACGCCUCUCAAAUCCGCUCUGAAACAGACGCCAACAACCGAUUCAGCGAAAAAACGAGUAAAAAUAAUGCUGCAGAAAAAUACAGCCCAGAAUACUUUCGAGUACUUUCGUCAACUGAGGCAGAGUCCUGCUAUUCCAUUCGACGCCAACAGGAAACCAAAAGCGGGAGUACUCAAGCCGAGCCCGAUUCCAAGCCCUGUCAACCCCUUUUAUAAGAGGAAGAUAUUUUAAAGAACGACACAGUAGGCAUUUAAUUUCAAAUACUUGUAUAUUGUGAUUUUAUACCUACAAUUAGUUGAUUUGUUGCCUGCGUGUGGUUGAAGUGUACACAAUUCUAAGUACAUCGAUAUCUUUUUAACACAUCUCCGAAAAGAAUAUUUCAAGUUUUCCAAGUUAUAGAUUAUUAAAUGAAAUUGUACGGCGCUGUGAACGGUCGAUACAGUGGCUAAAGUCUACAUUUGACGUGUAAAAUACUUUUUUUAUACCGGUAGUUGAAGUGACAAAAUAUGAAUCGUCGAUAGAUCUUUGGAACCUAUUAUCUGUUAAUGUUUUGGUAAUUAUCGAGUAUACCUCGUUUUUUAGUGAAAGUAAUCUUUAGUCCUUUCCUAAAAAUGUUACACGCUAUUUUGUACAGAAUCGAUGAUUCAGUCCGUUUAUUACAGUCACGUGUAAUUGGUUCAUAUAUCAAUAAAUUUACAGAAAAUACUUAAAAUAAAAAUAUAUUGCUUGUA